GCCACUGUGCAGAUUAUUCAAAGGAAGCCUCUCAACACAGUCAUGACAUUUUGUCACUAUAGACUGGAAAUAACUUCAGUCCCGGGAUGCAAUAAAAAGAACGUUCAAAGGAAAACGAGUGAAGGACAAGUAAAUCCCAUUUGCUGGAAAAAUGCUCUACAGCUGAGAGUUCGGAAGCUUUACAGCAUGGGCAAAGGUUACACAUUGCAUAAUCUUAGUCAAUUAAGAAACUACAAGGUUCACAAACUGGAUUUGUUUGAUAGUACAUGAGGUAGAAACUCUUUAAGGAGAUUCCAGGGAAGCUUUGGCUGCUUAGCAACCGCUGACCCCCAGGGACCAGUUCAUUUUUAGUCUGGAAUAAUAGGUCAUCAAAUGCCACUGGGAUUACUGUGAGCCUCACAUAUGGAAUUUUCCAAACACAUAGCUGAGAAGUUGUCACCAGCGUCUGGCCCAAAACGGGUAUGUGGGUAACACAUAUUUUGGGGGGAAAAAUGAUCCAUUUACUGCAUGGGCCUCUUCCUUUUCGAGUGACAGUAUUGAGACAGCAAAGCCAUCCACCUUGUAAGAAAGUGUGAUCCAAUCUUGCAGCAUUUCUCAGAGUACAAGAGUAGAAAAAUAUUGGCCCUUACUUUAUUGAAAUCUUGUGAACCUUUUAAUAACCAUGCUGUAGAAUCCCGUGGAGACACUAACUCUUGUUAAUUACUGAUUGGCAUAUGAGAGUUUGCCUAUUAACACUAAAAUCACUAUUCACUAAGGCUAUGGUCUACAGAAGUUGACCGUUGGGUGAUGGUCAGAGUAGUGAUUAUAGGUACUUUGAAGACUCAAAACAAACUUAUUUUUGUAUGAGCCUGAAGACAGUAGGAGCUGUGGCUAAACAAUACAGUAAUGAGAUGGUAUGCGUUAUUGCAUCAGACCAAGAGAAGGAAAAGAGUCUGGAGAUGUUCCUCGCAAUCACCAGGGAAGAUAUAAAGAGUCCUUCAGCUGCAGCCACGCCAUAACCACGCAGGUGCCUCUUGCUUGCACUCCAGGGCUCCAUGUCUCUUCGGGGCUAUUCUCGCCUUUGCAGUGCCACGUCCCAUAGAAAUCACUGCUACAUCCCUGUGACUCCUUCCAUCGCUGUCUGCUCCGAGGAUGUAAACCCUACCUUUGGACAUUACUUACCCAGCAGCUACCAAGGCAAUCUCUGGCUUCUGGACCAUUGCCAAGACUCCUACUGUGAAGCACCUUGCUGUGACUCUCCCAGCUGUGUGCUCAAGACUUGCCCUGCAAGUUCUGAUCCCACGGACUCCUGUGUGCCUUGCAAGUCCCCAACUGCAAAUCAAGUUGUUAGUGACUGCAAAACUACCAACAUCAGAUGCAGACCCAGCUGCAGUCCCUGUCCUGGGACCAAAGGGUAUGUAUCCAACUGCACCACCGCUACUCGAUUUGCAUCUAAAGCCUGUCAGACUCUUCAAAAUGGCUCCCGCUGCAUAGAGCAAUAUAAUUCCUUCCUCGGGAAUCUUCAGGCCCCAUACCACUGUAUUCGGGGCAACAAUGAGUACAGAAGCUAUAGAAAUUUUGGAUUCAUCACCAAUGGCUUCUCUCCAUCUUGUUACACUAUCAGUAGCUACCAUCCCCGAAGUUACCUAAUGAGGUAUUGCCAGUAUCCAAAUUAUGGGUCUUCAAGUUUCCCAUCACGGAGCUACCUAUGUAGAAAUUUUCGGUCUCUGAGCUGUAUUCCCAGUACAUUCCCACCUCUGAGGUACUUAUGCAGCAGUAACAGACCUCUGAAUUGCUACUGAUUGACUUACAGCUCGCACAAGAGUUCCGACGAGGCUAAUGGAGGACAGCAGGUUUUACUCUGUUCUGGGGUCUCUAUUAUUCUGCUCAAUUGAUUGAUUCAUCUCAGAAGGUUGUCAGACUAGCCUCCAGUGUAACCGUAGAUCCAAUUAACCACUCAGUAGUUUGUUCUUCUGUUAGUCUGAUUCUGAGGGUAGUUUUAGUUCUAAAACUGACUAGAAUAGACUCACUGAAGAGAUUCCACAUGAAGGACAAUCAUCGUCUUCCUUACUCUGGUUGUCACUUGUCUUGUGGCAAUCCUCUACCCGGGUUGAUGCCUGAUUUCAACAUAGUUUGGUUUUUUCAGAUUUUUCCACUUUUCAUCAGUAGUUUUGCUAACUGCCUAAUGAGCAUCUUGCCUGUAAAGGGAGAAAUAAAAUUACCUUAAACCUACUAAAUGAAGCGACGUCUCCCUUUCCCUCAUGACUGAUUAUAAGAAGGAGUUCAUGUCAACAACAACCAUAGCUACUAACGAGCGAGAAGACUUCAGCAAUUGCCUCUUUCAAAGAAGACACAAAGCACAGGGUUGAUUGACAGUUGACUCUUAGCCUCAACCCUUGGAAGAAAUACUCAGAACUAAGUAAAGCAUAGAAAGUAUUUGACAAAAGAAAGACCAAUGCUGUUGUACAUUCUCCGAGACUCCUAGAAUUCAUCUACGUUCUGGACUCCUCUGUAAUUCUGCUCUGUUGAAUUGUGUCAUUCUAGUUCUAGAAAAUAUCUAAUAAACAAUGUU